GUUGGGUAAAAGUGCUGUUUGGCUGUUUGGUUAUUGUAAUUGUAAUUCUCUCUCUCUCUCAAUCCUCUCGAUCUCUCUCUCCUUCUGCGUGUUCUUUCUCCAAAAAUACAUAUAACCCUCCCCUCCUUGCAACAAAGAACUUAAAACCCAACUUCUCAAAAUCCAAUAAAAUGAUGAUCUUGAAAUCAUCAACAAAUUAGAAGAUUUAGAGGGGUGGGUAAUUCAAGAUUCGUGUGUAAAAGACAAGAUGGAUAUAGAUAACAUAGAGUGUGUAUCAUCAUCAGAUGGAAUUGAAGAUGAUGAGAUCCAUCAUCACCACCAUCCUGUUAAUCAGAGGCAUCUGUACCCUUUAAAGACUCAUAACAAGAAUAUAAUUAUUGGGUCUGUUCCAGGGAUUGCUCCUGCUACAAGCGUUCAUGAGUUGUUGGAAUGUCCUGUCUGUACUAAUUCUAUGUACCCACCUAUUCAUCAGUGUCCCAAUGGUCACACUUUGUGUUCGACCUGUAAAACAAGGGUUCAUAACCGGUGUCCUACAUGUAGACAAGAGCUGGGAGAUAUCAGGUGCCUGGCUCUGGAGAAGGUAGCAGAAUCUCUUGAACUUCCAUGCAAGUAUUACACACUGGGUUGUCCAGAUAUUUUUCCAUAUUACAGCAAACUUAAACACGAGGCAGUGUGCAAUUUUAGACCAUACAGUUGCCCAUAUGCUGGAUCAGAGUGUGCUGUAAACGGUGAUAUUCCUUUUCUGGUUUCCCAUCUGCGCGAUGACCACAAAGUGGACAUGCACUCAGGAUGUACAUUCAACCAUCGAUAUGUAAAAUCAAAUCCUCGUGAAGUAGAAAAUGCCACUUGGAUGCUAACAGUAUUCCAUUGCUUUGGUCAGUACUUUUGCCUUCACUUUGAAGCAUUCCAGCUCGGUAUGGCUCCCGUAUACAUGGCAUUCCUUCGUUUCAUGGGUGAUGAGGCUGAUGCUCGCAAUUACAGUUACAGCUUAGAGGUAGGAGGUAAUGGUAGAAAACUGACAUGGGAGGGUACCCCACGCAGCAUCCGUGAUAGCCACAGGAAGGUUAGGGACAGCCAUGAUGGGCUAAUUAUUCAAAGAAAUAUGGCACUCUUCUUCUCUGGGGGAGACAGGAAGGAGCUGAAGCUUAGAGUUACUGGAAGGAUAUGGAAAGAACAACAGAAUUCAGAUGCCGGGGUGUGCAUACCAAAUCUUUGUAGCUGAAACUAGUUGAUUAUUGUUAAUUCUUGUUCUUGCUGCUUGUAUUGUUCUGUUAUGUUAAAAUUGUAAGCAAAAAGAAGUCUGGAAGUACAGAACUGGAGGUUUAAGCUUCUUUCAGUAUUUAUAUUGCAGCUUCUUUUCCCA